AUAUCGGGUUUAGUGGCGCGCUUGCCGGGAACCUGACUCAGUCUGCGAUUGUCCGCGACACGGUUUAACCGUGACGUUGCUAUCAAUCAACAUUUUUCUUGUCCUCUAUCCUCUCCUAUCAAUCCUUUCCUCUCCUAAAUACCCCUCAAGGAGUUAAUCUGCAUCCCAGUAUUACUCAGGAUAAAAAGCACUUCUCAGGAAAUAAGAAUUAUCCUUCAUCGAAAUCAUUAAAUUCACGAGUGUUUUUCGCGCAUUCUGUCGACGGACCACUCAGGCACUCACGUGAGGAAACAUUGCUCCCAAUCCGCAACAUCGAUUCCCGUCUUCGACCUGACAGCUUUAAAGGGCGAAUGUUUUGGACGCGUAUCCCGGGAGGGUUAACAAUUAUUUUCGAAGCAACAGUUAGAAUUUGGAACGAACUGGAACGAGACAAGAUAAAUUGGAUGAAAAGGGGAGAUAGCCGGUGAUGGACAAUGAGCAACCCCACCAAGAAUUGGUCAAGUGCGUUGUUGUGGGGGACACUGCUGUUGGAAAAACCAGACUAAUUUGUGCCCGAGCUUGUAACAAACAUGUUUCAUUAUCGCAGUUACUUACCACCCACGUACCUACAGUAUGGGCCAUUGAUCAGUAUCGAAUUUACAAAGAUGUACUAGAGCGAUCAUGGGAAGUUGUAGACAAUGUCAACGUUUCAUUGCGUCUUUGGGACACGUUUGGCGAUCACGAAAAAGAUCGUCAAUUCGCAUAUGGAAGGUCUGACGUUGUACUGCUUUGUUUUUCAAUAACAAAUCCCGUAUCUUUGCGAAAUUGCAAAGUUAUGUGGUAUCCCGAGAUUCGACGAUUUUGUCCCCAAACUCCAAUACUACUUGUGGGAUGUAAAAAUGAUCUGCGAUAUAUGUACUGUGAUGAGACUUAUCUGAGUUAUUUUCGUGAUCGCAGUCCUUUUGUGAGGGCGACGCGCAAAAGCGAUUUGGUAAUGCCAGAUGAGGCACGAGCCAUGGCCAGAGAUCUCGGUGUGUCUUAUUACGAGACGAGUGUUUUCACUUAUUAUGGAGUUAAUGAGGUUUUCGAAAAUUCUAUAAGGGCAGCCUUAAUAGCCAGACGUCAGCAACGAUUUUGGAUAACAAAUCUCAAAAAAGUACAAAGGCCUUUUUUGCAGGCACCCUUCUGUCCACCGAAACCUCUUCCACCGGAAGUGUGCCUCACACCUAGCACGUAUGAAGAAAACAUGAAAACAUUGUGGACCAAACCAGUUCACACUGAUGUUAUACUCAUCACCGGAAGUUGUUCUCUACAUGCUCAUCGUUGUCUAUUAGCAGCAGCUUCACCUGCUUUUCAUCGUCUUUUUGCCAUGGAACUUAUUCAAGAAUACACUCCCCGUAGUUCCAGUGAAUCUAGUAUGGUUAGCACUUUUGGCGAAGCCACACUUGGGGAUUUUAAUGAUGAUACUGAAUGUUUGAUUCGUAUUGAUCAAAAUAAGCCAACAAAAGUUUGGGAACAAAUUAAAAGACGUUCCAGCUUCCAAGUACUGCCAACAGUGGAUACAAAACCCACUGGUGCUUCAAGAGAACUGAAUCAUCCGGCCUUCCAAAGUAUUAGAUUAGCUAUGAUCGAAAAUUCAUAUGGAGUACAGCAACAAUCAACAAUCAUAACACUUUCAAAACUCGUAACUCCUCACUGCAUGAAGCAAUGUUUACAGUUUAUAUACACUGGCAGCUUAGACAAAAUAUAUCACGACUUACAAACAGCUCCUUUUGGGCUCCUACUGGAAAUAAGACAAGCGGCUGAAUUUCUUGAGUUGCAUCAAUUGCUGAUGGUGAUUAACAGUAUUCAAACAAGAGAACAACAAUUUAUCACAAAUGAUCUUAAUAACCAGUACAAGCAAGUUGUGAGACAAAGAUUGGAAAAUUUGUGUUUGGAACAAGGACUAUUUGCUGAUGUUGUUUUUGAUUUGGAUGAUGGUAGUAUGUCCGCCCAUCGAGCAAUUCUUGCUGCUCGCUGUGAUAUGAUGAAAGCUAUGUUUCGUGGUGAUUUUCGAGAAAGCAGUGCAAAAAUUAUUGUAUUUCCCGGUGUUAGAGAAUAUACCUUCCAUAAAUUAUUGUGCUAUCUUUAUACUGAUGAGGUGCCUCCUAUAAUCGCAACAAAGUGUUUAAAUCUUUUAGAAUUGGCAAAUAGACUUUGUUUACCGCGUCUCGUAAAUCUCGUGGAAAAUCGCGUGAUUGAAGAUUUGGAUCGCAUCUCACAAAACGAUGGAAAUGAAGCAGUGGAAAUUUGUUUGAGAUUACUGGAGCCAUGCAAGCUGCACAAUGCUGAUCAACUCGCUGAUUGGUGCAUGAAUCAUCUUUGUGUAAAUUACAAUAAACUUUGUAAAAUGUCUCCUCGUAGUGUGAGACUUCUUCAUCCUGAAAAUCAGGAAUAUUUGAACGAACAUCGUUGGCCUCCAGUUUGGUACUUGAAAGAUUAUGACUACUAUCAAAAGUGUUUAGCCGAGCAAGAUAAAGAAAGUAAGCCAAAUUUAAAAAGAAAUCGCAAUCAAUCGGGUUGCCUUUGUUUUUCAUCAUCUAAUAAAAAUAGACGAGAGGAAAGUACACCAAAUCGUCCAUUAUUUGAAGCGUCAAUCGAAUCAAUUUGACGAGAGCCAAGCGGCAUUAGCCGCUCAUUCAGACUCACAUUUAUUGUGCUCAUCAUAUUUGUCUGCACUAUUUUUACCAUUUUGAUACUGCUACAGAUUUAUACUUAAGAUCGACUAUAAUUAUAUAAGAUAAUAAUGAGGACUGCAUUCGAUAUAACAUUAUCUAUAUAUAUAUAUACCAGUUCCCAUUUAUCAUAUCUCUAUAUCGUUAUAUAUAUAUAAAAAAAAACUCCAUCGACUUUCAGUCAAAGUGAUAGAAUAUUUAUAAUUACAAUAUAUAUAAUAUAUAUAUAUAUAUAUUAUAAUCGCAUGAGAAUUAAAGAUUUUACUUCGAUGAUUCGAAGAAUCGUUUCGAAACGAUUUUUCAGAGUGAGAAAACAUACUUUAUUAUAUAUAUUAUAAAUGAUAAAACAAAAUAAUUUUUUUAAUGAUUUUAAAAUUGAAAAUAAAUUAAAUUUUAUCUUUUGUCCAUCAAAUAUAAUUUAUUUUUUUAUCUUAUAUAUUUACUCACAACAAAAUAAAAUAUUUGUUUUAAUGAAUUUUUUUUAUUCUUAAAAAAAAUUACUCAGACGAAAAAAAAAAUUUAUUGUCAUUCAAAUA